AUACCACGGCUGUCAGCCAAUCAGCAUUCAGGGCUGGAACCACACAGUUUAUAAUGGCCAAUAUAACCCCUCGACUUAAUGCUUAAUUAUAGAACUGACUCAAGUCAGUGUCCAACUCCCUCUCUCCAUUUUUCUCUGACUCCUCUCGCCCACGUCUGCAUUGCGUAACCCAGACAACAGUUUCUGAUAACAAAAAAGAACUACAUUUCCCAGACUUUUUAUCCAUAGAACUGAGGACAGCUACGGGUCCUUGGAUGGGACUGACAGACAGGCACAUCUGGCGAGAAACUAGAGAGGCAAGAUUGCACUGUGUGUGAGAGAGAGACAGAGAGAGAAAGGGGGAUAUCGCGGAGAGAUAAAAACGGAAGAAAGAUUUGGUUCUUUCCUUCCUUUUCUCCUAGGAACGUCUGUCCCACGCCUGUCUGCCACGGGAUCGUUACCGCGGGGUUUAAGGAGUGUUCGCGUUCUUGCGUGCAGAAGGGGAUAUACGCCCCCCGGUCAAUUUCUCCUUCGCUUCUUUAUAUUUUACCUUCCUCCGUUUCCAGGGUUCUGCUGUUGAUGUAGACCAGCUUGUUUUUAGAGAAACGGUUUUCUGUGGUGGAGCCCUGCACGUAUACAGACAGAUGCGCGCGAAGCACGGAGAGGAGACGUUAACCGUAGGAAUGAACGGAAAAUGCUGUGCGCCAGCAGUGGCAGCUGUGAUAUUACCGAGAACUCAGUGAUCCGCACGACGAGAGAAGAGAAGCCCCGCUGCAGCAACGAGCCUCUCCCGAAGUGAUGGGCAGUCAAGAGCAGCAGCUGAGAAAGAGAGUAGAGUUUAUAGUGUGUGUUAGAGACGAGUGUGUAGUAUGUGUGCAUGAACUGCACUGACAUACUGGCGACCCAAAGAACCGCAGCAGACAGACAGCCGGUCUGGAUAAACUCUGACAGAAUGGUCCCCAACCCUUCAGGAUAUAGGCCUGUGACUUCAGAGGAACACACAUAAACACAGAGAAAGGGAGAGAGCUCCCUAACCUCUCCGAAGAGGAUCACUGGGGCCCAACACUGACACUCUCACUUUGACAUCAUCAUCGCUGUCGCCCUGGGUGGAUGAGCCGCCUGUCUGGACGCCUUCGGUCGGGGGGGAGGGGGGAGGGUGGGGUGCGACGGCAGGGCCGUAGUAAAGGAGCAGGGGUGUGAGGGGCCGCAGGUGGCGUUUGGGGGGGGAAAGGGCUGUAGGGGUACAGGAGGAGGUCACAGUGGAACCCAGCGCUGAGGCUGGAGCUCAGGAGACCCUUGAACUUUUACCCUCCCCCUCACCCCCCUCCCUGUCUAACGGUCUUCACCUGCACAGGAGGCCUGUCCUUGGAACACGCAGACGGAGGCAGACAGAGACACACACACGCAACGACGCUCCAACACACACACCUAGACAGACCGUCAUAGGCAUGCAGACACACAAGGACAUCCAAAUGCAGACACCCGCAGAGACAUGCAUAGACGCUCACACACACACAAGUGCUCACAGACAAAUGGAUGCUCACACACACUUGGACUCUGCCGGUCCAGAGCAGCCCAGAACUGAUUCAUCACCAGAGACACACACCAGAUCACCUCAGCGACAGGUCCUCCUGCCUCUCAAUCAUUCAGCCUGCACCAAUCAGCAAGCUGCUUUCUCUCCCUGCAGCCCCGCUCCUCCACACUCUGCAAACAGAGAUAUGCCCCCAGCCAUUAGCCCUGCCCCUAAUAUUAGUUCAACACCUCUAGAUCUCUCUAAACCCUCAAGAGCUAUUGGUCCAAAUCCUCCAGGCCUUUCUCCUAUUGGUCCAGCCUGUACAGACCUUUCUACUAUUGGUCCAGCCCCUGUAGACCCCUCCCCUGUACCUGUCGAAGGUGAGAGAAAGUAUGCACUUCGUAGCUCCGGUCGACCUCGCUUCCCCUGCCAGCUACGCAAGUCUUCCCGCAUCCGCAGAUGCACUGAGGAUGGAGAGAGGAGGGGAGGGAGGGAGAGUGAGAGGGAGGGGGAGGAGAUGGAAGAGGAAGAGGAGAAAGAGAGGGUGAGUGUACAUGUGAAGGUAGAGCGCCCCACAGUGGAGGAGUGUCUACCUGCAGCCUCCAAGCCUGCAGCCUCCAAGCCUAUAGCCUCCAAGCCUGCAGACUCCAAGCCUGCAGCCUCCAAGCCUGCAGCCUCACCUGUACCAGUACCUGUAGCACCACUCCCCUCAACACACCCCUCAUCACACCCCUCCUCUCACUCCGCCCCCCGGCCAUCACCCAAAUCCCAAUAUAGAACUUCAACCAAACCCCAACCCAAAUCUUCAACCAAUGCCAAACCAAAAUCCCAACCCAGACCAUCGAUGAAAGCCUCGCCCAAACCUUUGCCCAGAUCAGCAACCAAUCCCAGACCAGCAACCAAUACCUUGCCUCGUCCAUUGACCAAUACCGUGCCCCGGCCGGCAGUGAAGAAGGAGGAGCCUGGUGAACUAGAUCCCCCCACCAAACGAAAACGCCGGUUUGUUGGUGUGAGGCGUAUCGUGGUGAAGGUAGCUCGUAUCCCAGUCAACCUCAGCCGACGCCAGAAGAGCUACAAGAUUUCCUCCAUGGAGACAGUUGAGAAGGGCGGGGCAGGUGGCGAUGGUGGGUUGGAGGGAGCCGAGGGGGGGACAAUGGUAGUCCGAGAGCCAACUGCGCUCCUCCGUAUGAAGAACAACGGGAAGAGUGUGAUGGUCAUGUUCCCGCCUGGAGAACUUCCGGUGAUCCUGAAACGUCGCCGUGGCCGACCUCCCAAACAGGUUGUACCUGGAACGCCGGAUAAAACCACCGGUGGGAAUGGCGAGUCCAAGAAACCUCGUCGGCGCCGGCGGGCCAAGCUCCCGUCUCCGCAACCGUCGUACGUGAACGACACCAAUGACGUGAAGACGGAGUACGGAGACGUUCUGUCUAAACUGGCAUUCCUCAACCGCCAACCGCCAGCCACUGGCCGCUGCUCCCCACCACGCUGCUGGACACCCAGCGAACCGGACAGCUUUCACACGCCGUCCGACAACCCUGGGAUCUCCGCCCUGCUCCACCGACUCACAGGGUUCAGACGCAGGGGAGGUAGGGGGGGAGGUGUUGGAGGCAGGGGAGGAGGAGCAGGGGGAGGAGCAGGAGGAGCCGGGGGAGAGGGCUUCAAGAGCUCCUUCAGUGACUUUUUUGAGACGAUCGGGAAGAAAAGGAAAGUGACCCCUGCUCUGUCAGAACCAGGGUUACUCAAGAAACGAGGGAAGGGUGGGGGAGGCAGGGGAGGAGGGGCUGCAGGGGGGGAGAUGGGGGUUGGGGGGGGAGGCAGGGGGGCAGCUGGAACAAGACUGGUUUAA